GGGAAGCCUGGCGGCCCGGGCCACGCUCGCCUGGCCUGUGGGGCUCAGCGGCCUCUGUAAAUAGCGGCUAUGAGGCUCUGGGGCGCAGUGUCCUUGCAGGUCCCCGACGGUCAGGACGUCCCCUUCGCCUGGCGUGCACUGCAGGAGCCUGUGUCCCCCGAGCGCUCGUGAUGAAGCAGCGUCUGGCUCUGAUCGGCCUGGCCUUCCUGUGGCUGCUUCCCGGGGGACACCCUCAGCAGACAGCGGAGGACGCCUGCUCCCUGCAUAUUCUUGUCCCAGGCCUCAAAGGGGAUGCUGGAGAGAAGGGAGACAAAGGUGCACCCGGACGGCCUGGAAGAGUCGGCCCCACAGGAGAGAAAGGAGACAUGGGUGACAAAGGACAGAAGGGCAGUGUGGGUCGCCAUGGAAAAAUCGGUCCCAUUGGUUCUAAAGGUGAAAAAGGAGAUUCUGGUGACAUGGGACCCCCUGGCCCUAAUGGAGAACCAGGCAUCCCGUGUGAGUGCAGCCAGCUGAGGAAGGCCAUCGGCGAGAUGGACAACCAGGUCACGCAGCUGACGACCGAGCUAAAAUUCAUAAAAAAUGCUGUCGCCGGCGUGCGCGAGACGGACAGCAAGAUCUACCUGCUGGUGAAGGAGGAGAAGAGGUACGUGGACGCGCAGCUGUCCUGCCAGGGCCGCGGGGGCACGCUGGGCAUGCCCAAGGACGAGGCCGCCAACGGCCUGAUGGCCGCCUACAUCGCGCAGGCCGGCCUGGCCCGCGUCUUCAUCGGCAUCAACGACCUGGAGCGGGAGGGCACGUUCGUGUACGCGGACCGCUCGCCCAUGCAGACGUUCAGCAAGUGGCGCAGCGGCGAGCCCAACAACGCCUACGACGAGGAGGACUGCGUGGAGAUGGUGGCCUCGGGCGGCUGGAACGACGUGGCCUGCCACGUCACCAUGCACUUCCUGUGCGAGUUCGACAAGGAGCACGUGUGA